AUGGCGCUGGCGAUGCUGCGGGAUUGGUGCAGGUGGAUGGGCGUGAAUGCUCAGCGCUCUCUGCUCAUCCUGGGCAUCCCGGAUGACUGCGGGGAGCAGGAGUUCCAGGAGGCCGUGCGGGCAGCCCUGCGGCCCUUGGGCCGGUACCGAGUGCUGGGCAAGGUCUUCAGAAAGGAGCUGGGGUCCAGGGUCGCCUUGGUCGAGUUUGCUGAGUAUUUAAACCGAAGCUUGAUCCCCCGAAAAAUACCAGGCAAGGGGGGACCCUGGACUGUGGUCUUCCUGCCCCAGGCUCCCAAUUCGGAAUCACAGGAUAGACCCAGUUUCUCUGCACAGGCCCAGAGACAAGCAGUGGCUGGCAGGGCAGGGGAGGCAGGAGCUGCAGGUGAGGCAGGAAUUACAAGUGAGACAGGAGGUGCAGGUGAGGCAGGGGCUGCAGGUGAGGCAGGAACUGCAGCUGUAGGUGAGGCAGGAGGUGCAGGUGAGGCAGGAGCUGCAGGUGAGGCAGGAGCUGUAGGUGAGACAGGAACUACAAGUGGGGCAGGAGGUGCAGGUGAGGCAGGAGGUGCAGGUGAGGCAGGAAUUGCAGGUGAGGCAGGAGCUACAGGUGAGGUAGGAGCUGCAGGUGAAGCAGGAGCUUCAGGUGAAGCAGGAGCGGAGGCUGUGGCAGGAGCUGCAGGUGAGGCAGAAGAUGCAGGUGAGGCGGGAGCCUGGACCCGGCAGUGGAGGCAGGCCUUGCAGCCUGUGCUGGAGACCAUGGGCUACGAGGAACUGAGAGCCUUCUCUGGGCUGGGAGAGCCAGGCCGCGGGGAAGAGUCCUUCGAGAGCUGGCUGGACCACGCCAACGACAUGCUGUACCUGUGGCGCCACGUGUCCGAGAGGGAGCGGCGGCGGCGGCUGGUGGAGAGCCUGGGCGGCCCCGCGCUGGACCUCCUGUGCGGCCUCCUGGCGCAAGAUGCCGACAUGGCCGCGCAGGACUGCCUGGCCGCGCUGGUGCAGGUGUUUGGGGACCAGGACAGCCCGGUGACCGCGCGGCUCAGGUUCGCGACGUGCGCCCAGCGGCCGCAGGAGACGCUCUUUGCCUACGUGAUGCGCCUGGAAGGCCUGCUGCAGGCGGCCGUGGAGAAGGAGGCCAUCCACCCGGCCACGGCCGACCAGGCGCGCGCCCGGCAGGUGCUGAUGCGGGCGCGGCCCAACGACACGCUCCAGACCAAGCUGAGGAGGCUGCGGCUGGAGCGGAGGCCCCCUGGCUUCGUGGGCCUGCUGCGCCUCAUCCGUGAGAGCGAGGCGUGGGAGGCCGAGCCGGCUGCGAGCGAGCAGGGGCACGGGGAGGAAGAGGCCCGCGCGGGCAUCGCAGGCCUGGCCGCCGCCCAGCGCGCCCCGGCCCGUGACGUCGCCGCCCAGGGCACCGCUGCAGAGGGCACCCCGGCCUUCCCGGCCCGGGAAGAUAGCGGCCAGGCUGCCCUUUCCAAGGAAGGUGGCGCCCAGGCGCCCCCAGCCCAGGAAGAGGCCUGUGCCGCAGUUCCCGCCGCCGCCGCCGCCGCCGAGGCUGGCGAGGCCGCCCCUGAAGCCCGAGGUGCUGCCAGCGUGGCCCCUGCCCCUGGGGAGACCAGCCAGGCCUCCCGGGAAGUCGGAAGUGCUCCUGUCCCUGCGGGCCUAGGUCAGGCAGGACCCUCAGACGCCCCCAGAGGCCCCACCCCUCCCCACAUGGGUGGCCUUUCCCCAGGGGCCCCAGGAGGUCCUGGCUGUGAGCCAGACGACCUUGACCAGGCAGGAGACCAAGAGGCUGAGGAGCCCCCCGAGGAGCCGGGAAACGAGGUCGGGGCUUCAGACACCAGCACCCCCGAGGCCUUCUCGGGCCAAUAG